UGCACCAGUGGUACUCCAUGCACCACGGCGAAAUCUAACAUACCGACAGUAACAUCAGUGUAAACUUCACAUUAUCUAACGCGCCUUUCGCCAAAAUGUCAGUGGAUCUCAGUCUGGUGCUAGUUGUUGGUACGUGUGGACGUGUACAAGCCUUUUUUCAAAUUAAAAGUGCAAAUCAAAAAAUUGAGAUGCCAAGGAAGCCAGUUUCGAAUAGGAAGAAGGGAUUCCACACAAGGGAUGAGAUGAAACAAGCUCUCUUGAAUAUCGAUGCCGGAAUGUCGAUUCGAAAGGCUGCAAAGGAAUGCAAGCUUUCGUACCACACAGUACGAAGAUAUUUUUUAAAAUCAAAGAAUUCGGAUCCUCUUUCCGACAUCCGCUUGACUCCAAAUUACCAGCAUUUAAUGAUUUUUACUGAGGAACAGGAAACAUCACUUAAACAAUACAUUGACUACUGUGCAAGUAUUUUUUAUGGCAUCACUGCCAAAGAUUGCCGAAAGCUGGCUUUUCAGCUUGCCAAUAUUAAUGAGGUAGAAAAUAUUCCUGAGAACUGGAAAACAUUUUCGAUGGCAGGCAUAGACUGGCUUCGGGGCUUCCGUACGAGGCACCCAGAUCUUUCUCUAAGAAAACCCGAAGCGUGUAGCCUAGCAAGGGCUACUUCUUUCAAUAAAAAAUCUGUCGACACGUUUUUCGACAAUUUAUUUAUUGUUAUGCAGAGACAAACAAAAUUCUCGGACGGAACAAGAAUCUUUAAUUUAGAUGAAACUGCGACGACCACCGUCCAGAAACCACAAAAAGUACUGGCACCCAAGAACUCAAAAAAUUUGUCGAAAGUUACAAGUGGAGAGAGAGGAGUGCUAGUGACAACUUCCUGUAUUGUAAGUGCCAGUGGCCAGGCUUUACCUCCAGUGAUUGUAUUUCCACGAAAGAAUUACAAAAGUUAUAUGCUUCAUGGAGCACCAACAGGAUCCUUGGACCUAGCAACUUCUUCCGGCUGGAUGAAUUCGGAAUUGUUUGUAGAUGUCAUGAAACAUUUCAUCAAAAAUACUAACAGUAGCAUCACCAACCCCUCUUUGCUCAUCAUGGAUAAUCAUGAAUCACAUUUGGCCAUAGAAGCUCAUGAUUUAGCUAAAGCCUCAGGUGUAACUAUUUUAACAUUUCAUCCUCACACAACGUCAAAAAUGCAACCACUUGAUGUUGGUGUGUUCGGGCCAUUUAAAAAAUUUUAAAAUUCUGAAAUGGAUUCUCUAAUGUUACGUAUGCCU